GUUUAAAAGAAGAAUUUCUUUAGAGCUGAAAAUGUGGCCUGGAAAAGUGGAAGCACGACGACGAAACUGUUCCCCAAGAACUUAAUUACCCUCUUCGAUCUCUUUAAAGUUGACGCCAUUUUUUUUCCUUCUCUUUCACCUCUGCAUUUCCAAGUUUUAAGCCCUCAGAGCUGAUCAGCAAAGGAAGAAAACAUGCAUGCUCCUCCAGUUCCUUCGCUCUUGAUCAUCCUCAUUUUCUUGAUUUCUUUCUGCGCCGCCGCAGAUGGAACUCAACUCAUAGUCGUGAACAAUUGCAGAGAAACCAUAUGGCCCGGAAUCCUCGGCAACGCCGGCCACGACACCCCCAGCGACGGCGGCUUCCGCCUCACCUUCGGCCAACAGGUGAUCCUUAAUCUCCCCGAGAGAUGGUCGGGGAGAAUCUGGGCGAGACAGGGCUGCUGCUUCGACGGAGACGGCAAAGGGUCGUGCCAGACCGGAGACUGCGCCGGCCAGCUCCACUGUGCCGGCGCCGGCGGAGCUCCCCCGGCGACGCUCGUGGAGAUGACUCUAGGAACCUCGACAAACGCUAAGCAUUACUACGAUGUCAGCUUGGUUGACGGGUUUAACGUCCCGGUGUCCAUGAUUCCGGUGGGCGUCGGCGUCGGCUGCGGCGUGGCGGCGUGUGAGGAAGAUUUGAACGCUUGUUGUCCCAAGAAUCUGGCGGUUAUUUGUCAGGGAAAGGUGGUGGGCUGCAAAAGUGCGUGUUUAGCCACUAAGGAUCCUAAGAAUUGCUGCACAGGAGAAUUUGCAGAGAGGAAGAGCUGUAAACCUUCCACCAUUUCUCAUCUGUUUAAGGUCAUUUGUCCCAGGGCUUAUAGCUAUCCUUAUGAUGAGUCCACCGGACUCAAGAGCUGCCGGGCGCCCCGCUACGUCAUCACUUUCUGCCCUCCAAAUUGAUCGAUGUAUAGUGGUGGAGAUAUCGUUGAAUGUUGUACAAUAAAAAACAAAUGAUUGAUGUGCAGUGGUGGUGGCUUUUUGGGGGUUUUUUGUGUUUUCUUGUUUGAGUAUAUGAUCAAUGUAGUUUAUGUA